AUGAAAGACGAUUACUGGAACACAAUACUCACUUCCUCUCGUAUUACAAGCGAAUCUUUAUCGGGGUUACACGGCGAUAGCACGGGGUACUUCAAUGUAAUAAAGAAGAUAAACAAAGACCUUAAUGCAUUUGUGUUUUAUAACGAAAACAUACAAACCAGGAAAGUAGAUGCCGUGCAUGGAGAUGCUACUCAUGCUGCAAGUAGUACUCAUUCGAUUCCUUGUGCUAUAAAGUCCAAUAUAGCUAUGAAGGGAAUGCCACUACAUUGCGCCUCCAAUCUCCUGAAAGAUUUUACAAGCCCUGUUCAUGCCAGUGCUAUAGCUCAACUGCUUGAUGCAGGAUUUAGUAUUGUAGGGUUAACAAAUAUGGACGAGUUUGGCAUGGGUUCUUCCACGACUCAUAGUAUUUUCGGGCGUACGGCAAAUCCCUGGGAUAUAGGAAGGAGCCCUGGAGGCUCGAGCGGAGGAUCUGCUGCUGCUGUUGCUGCUGGUAUGGUGCCUUUUGCAUUGGGGAGUGACACUGGAGGCUCAGUACGACAACCAGCUAUGUUCUGUGGAGUAUGGGGGCUUAAACCUAGCUAUGGUGCUGUAUCGCGCUAUGGUCUCGUGGCGUAUUCGUCUUCCUUAGAUGUAAUAGGCAUUAUUGCAGAGCAACCCUCCUGGCUACGAAAGAUUUUCUCGAUAAUAAAAGUAAAGGGAAGAGACCCUAAAGACACAAGCUCUUUUUAUCCUCAAAAAACACCUUCAGAACAGGUAAAAAAGGUAGCAGUAUAUAUUCCAAGAAGAAACAUUGCAGAAGAAAUACGUAACGGCAUGCUUCUUGCGGUGCAACAGUAUAGAAAUAUUGGUUAUGAGGUUACAGAGAUUGACCUCCCUAUUUUUGAUUACGCUGCUGCUGUGUAUCUAAACAUAAGCACAGCAGAGGCAAGCUCAAACCUCGCUCGCUUCGAUGGUAUCCGCUACGGCACACGCGAUGCCACCGCACAGAGCAGCGCAGACCUUGUGCGUAGAUCAAGAAAUGCUGGUUUUGGCUCCGAGGUAAAGCUGCGAGUGCUUACAGGUGCUUAUAUUUUACAAUCAGGUUUUCAAGAUCAGUACUAUACAAAGGCACGUGCAUUACAAAAGCACAUACAAAAGACAUUGCUCUCCUUAUUUAAGCACUAUGAUUUACUCAUACUUCCUGUGUUCCCUACCCAAUCUUUUCGUUUUGAUGAUACACAAUUAAGCGAUUUCGCCCAAAAACUAGGCGAUACAUUUUCUGUAGUAGCGAAUUUAGCAGGACUGCCCGCGGCCUCCUUUCCCGUUGCGUGGUACAAUGGUCUUCCUAUGGGGGCACAGGUAGUAGGACCAUUGUAUACUGAGGAUAGAAUUUGUCUUUUUCUAGAAAAUACAGCUCAUUUGUUUGAGCACCGCUAUUCUCCAUAUGCGAAGAAAUUUUUUGAACAUAGCUCUCGCGAUUUACAAGACCGCGAAGCUAUGAUGAAGGAUUUGUAG